CAAGAGAAAUGUCGGCACAGUUCCCCAUGACGUCAGACGAGGACGAACGAUCCCAUAGCACCCUAGCACCAUGCCGCCAGGCAGGCAGGAAGACAGGCAUUAAUAACUAGGCAACAGUACGCUAACACAUCAGUAUUCAUUAGCCCUAUCGCCAUCGGUACAGAGAUCGUGCUUCGAUCGCUUUUAACGGCAAAACGUGCGGCAGGGCACCACCGUAUAUACCAUCAGAACACCUCCGACCUUCGGAUGGCUCUUCAUUUCCAAGCACCUUCGCCAAGUGGCAGAGCCCACGUUGAUGUAACUGACAGGGUAGUGUACGUGUUCGCCCUUGGCAGGCACGGAGAACGAACACCCCUUACCAACUGUUCGAAGCUCGUUAAGACUAAUCCUGAAGGCUACGGUGAACUGACAAAAGCAGGCCGGAAGCAGUGCAAGAAUCUGGGCAAGGUGAUCAAGGCACGCUACCCGAAUCUUCUCAAGGGUCAACCUGGCGAAGUACGAGCUACAUGCAACAAACAACCUCUAUCCUUUCAAAGUAUUUGUCGGAUAUUAAAGGGCCUCGGCUACAAGGAUGUAAUACCUGUCGAGGAUGCGACUGACUACGGCAGCCUUGAGACAUCGGCCUUAAUGAAAAACUAUACUUCAGUAAUGCAGGAGCAUUGCUUAGGUCAUUUCAAAACCAUUGGAGAAAUGGUGGAUUACGUGGUCAAGAACUCGGGUUCGCCGACGAAGCCAGAAAAGGCUGUGGUGCAGUCACUGGACAGUAUCGUAACGCACGUCCACAACGGACAUCCCAUACCCAAGUGGGCUGAGAGUCAUUGGCAAGAAAUUAUCUGGGCCGACGACCGGCUCUUAAAAAUGUCCUUGGUUGGGGCGAAGAAACGCAUUGCGGCUUACGCCAUGACGCACCUACUGGAGACGCUGGAACAGAAGUUCGAGAAGAAACGGCAGCUUCCAGAUAAGAUGCACCUGUUCACGACCUCUGACAUCGUGGUGUUCUCCUUCAUCCGGCUGCUCUGUUCGGCGUACGACAAGCGUCCACCUUUUUGCUCAGCUUUCUUUUUUGAGAUUUUCAUGGAGAGGAACGAGCCCAGAGUGCACAUCAUGUACUACACCGACAGCGCGCACGCGUCCAUCGUACUGGAUAAUCUCUCCAACCCGUGUACAGUCCAUGCACUCACGCAGGAGCUUCGCAACAUAUUGAGGAAGAUCAAGCAACGAUAGUACGUCUGGCACAGCGACAGCUAAGCAUAGAAAAUAAAUACGUAAUGUUCCAA